AUGAAGAAAAGGUUGACAAGUGCUUCAGUCUUGGAAAUUCCUGAUACUUCUAAAGCUUUUGAAGUGUUUUGUGAUGCUUCAUACCAUGGGCCCGAUUGUGUAUUUAUGCAGGAGAAGCGACCAGUAGCUUAUGCAUCGAGACAGUUGAAGGUACAUGAAAGGAACUAUCCAAUGCACGACAUCAAGUUAACAACUAUUUUUUUCGCUUUGAAGACUUGGAGGCACUAUCUGUACGAAUCACGUUUUCAAAUCUUUAGUGAUCACAAGAGUUUGAAGUAUCUCUUCGGUCAAAACGAGUUGAACAUGAGGCAGAGAAGGUGGAUGAAGUACUUGAAGGAUUUUGAUUUUGAGUUGCAGUACCAUCCAGGGAAGGUAAAUGUUGUAGCCGAUGCUUUAAGUAGGAAGCAAAUGCAUAUGUCAGCUUUGAUGGUGAAGGAGUUUCUGUUGAUAAAGAAGUUCAGAGAUAUGAACUUGGGUUUUCAGUUGAGCCAAGAUCACCUUUGGUGUAGUCAUUUAAGGAUCUCAAAUGACUUCUUGGGAAAGAUCAAAGUGGGACAGAAUGAAGAUAGAACAAAGGAUGAGUUGAAGAAAAUGAUUCUAGAAGAAGGACACAAGAGUCGUCUUAGCAUACAUCCUGAUAUGACUAAGAUGUACAAGGACUUGAAAGAAUCUUUUUGGUGGAGUGGGAUGAAACAAGAUGUGGCAAAGUUUGUAUCUUCUUGUUUGAUGAAAUGGGACAACAUCUUGAUGGACUUUGUAACUCACUUACCGAGAUCAUCGAGGGGUCACGAUUACAUUUGGGUGAUAGUUGAUCGAUUGACGAACAUUGCUCACCUUUUGCCAAUCAACCUAAGGAUGUCAAUGGAGAAGUUGGCAGAGUUAUCAGGAUCUAAGGUUUACCUCAAGGUUCUGGCAGAAAUUGCAGGAGGCUUUCGGUUCAAGGUUGAGGAUGAGUUCAGCAUAUCAUCCUCAAAUAGAUGGACAAACUGA